UUUCCUCUUGUUGUGUUGGGGCUUUUCAACCUACUAGCAACUGGGGGAUGGGGAGAGAGGAAUUUCUACUUAGGAGGGCUAUGGUGGUUCAGGAACUGGAAAGGUGGGAAUGAGGUUGUUUGCUGGAGAGGUUGUAGUAAGGCUGGCAACUUGGGGAGUCAGGUUACUUGCCAGAGAUGGGGACCUAGUCAGGUUGCUCCUGAGAGUCUGGGUUGUGCAAUACUCAUGAAUCCCAUGACUAGUAUUGCACGCUCACGUCUUCACAAAUCCAUGAAUUCAGAGAUGUUGAACUGUGACUGCGUAGUUCCUUAGUCAUUAUUUCUAUCCCUUUUGCAAACAGUUGGUGGGCUGCCAACAAUGUUAGUUGCAUAUGUAGCCGUGAAACAUUGCAAUGGCUCAGCAGAAUAGAACUGGCAAAAUAGGAGUAGUGACAUAUAGCAAUCAUCACAAUUCCAGAUGUGAAAUGGUUUGCUUAGGAGAGUGAGGCAUUUGGUAAGUCUUUUGAAAUAGCCAAGAUUUGUCAUGGUGGUGAGAGGUACAAGGAGUUUGGCAGAAGAUAACAGAAUUAAGGCUCCUAUUACUCCUCCCUUGUAGCUUUGUAUCCCUUGAAGUCUUUCUGGGGUCUCAUCAAAGCGAGUGAGCUCAGACAGCAGCCUAUGAUUUCCGAUUUGAUUAGUAAGUCUCUCUCUCUCUCUGUAGCUAGAUGUAGCAUGUGUUAAACAUUAGUGGCCGCUUCAGAUUCCACAGCAAGGUUCCAGGGCACUGAAAUGAUUUUUCCAUAAUGCUGCUGCUGCUGCUGCUGCUGCAAGGUUUGAGCGGCUGCAGAUUCUUUCCUGUUGACGUUUCCCCCAGCCUUGGCCAAGCUGCCGAGCAGACCGCUCUCCUGUGACCAGCUCCCAACCUGCCGCCGCCCCGCGCUCCCCCUGCCGUCCCGUUCCCAAUCCCUCUGCUCCCCAGCGCUGCCCUCCCUCCAGCAGGUGCCCACGCGGCACCUCCCCCAGCCGCAUCCAGUCCCUGACCCACCCCCGCCUGCCAGCGGCUCCCGCGGUGCCACCCUCGCCCUCACCUACCCCGCGCCCCUCCCGCUGCCCAACCAGGCCCCCCGUCCGGCCUCCGGAUUGGCCCGCGGGCUGCUCCAAUGGCGGCGGCGGCGGGGGUGGGGGCUGCGCGCGGGGGGCCGCGGCCGGGGGAGGGACUAGAACUUUCCGCCGCGGCCGGGCCGGACUUUCCCCCGCAGCAGCGGCGAGGAGAGCGCAGGGAGCGGCCGCCACCCGCCGGGGACACGGACCCUCCGCAGCCGCCAUGACUCACUUCAACAAGGGCCCCUCGUACGGGCUCUCCGCCGAGGUCAAGAACAAGAUUGCCCUGAAAUAUGAUCCACAGGCAGAAGAAGAUCUACGCAAUUGGAUAGAAGAGGUUACGGGGCUGACCGUUGGUGCAAACUUUCAGUUGGGCUUAAAGGAUGGCAUAAUCCUAUGCGAACUUAUAAACAAACUGCAGCCAGGAUCAGUGAAGAAAAUCAAUCAAUCAGAACUAAAUUGGCAUCAGUUGGAGAACAUUGGGAAUUUUAUCAAAGCCAUCCAAGUCUAUGGUAUGAAGCCACAUGAUAUUUUUGAAGCAAAUGAUCUUUAUGAGAAUGGGAACAUGACCCAAGUUCAGACUUCACUUGUGGCACUAGCUGGUCUGGCAAAAACCAAAGGAUUCCAUACCACAAUUGAUAUCGGUGUCAAAUAUGCAGAAAAGCAAGCAAGGAGUUUUGAUGCAGGAAAACUAAAAGCUGGCCAAAGUGUAAUUGGCCUGCAGAUGGGAACCAACAAGUGUGCCAGCCAGGCAGGUAUGACUGCUUAUGGGACCAGAAGGCAUCUCUACGAUCCAAAAAUGCAAACUGAUAAACCAUUUGACCAGACAACAAUUAGCCUACAGAUGGGUACUAACAAAGGGGCCAGUCAGGCUGGGAUGCUGGCACCAGGCACCAGAAGAGAUAUUUAUGACCAGAAGCUCACAUUACAGCCAGUGGACAACUCUACUAUUUCACUACAAAUGGGUACUAACAAAGUGGCUUCCCAGAAGGGAAUGAGCGUGUAUGGGCUUGGACGACAAGUGUAUGACCCCAAAUAUUGUGCUGCUCCAACAGAACCUGUAAUUCAUAAUGGAAGCCAAGGAACAGGAACUAAUGGGUCAGAAAUCAGCGAUAGUGAUUAUCAGGCAGAAUAUCCAGAUGACUAUCAUGGCGAGUACCAGGAUGACUAUCAAAGAGAUUACCAUGGUCAGUACAGUGACCAGGGCAUUGAUUAUUAGAUCUGAAUCACAUGCUCAGUAUAUUAGUCCAUUAUUUUAUUCAGUAAAAACAAAACUAGCCUUGUGGAAUUGUUACCCGUCUUCCUACACACUAUGCUUAAUGUUCCUAAAGAAAGAUUGCCUUACAUACAUUCCUUUUUCCUUUCUCUGCCUUUUCCCUCUUCUAGUUGCCUUUAGUGCUGUAACAGUUGUAGUCUACAGCAUAACCAAUAACUGCAUAUGAAGUAAAAAGGAAUACUGUGAAAGGGGAGUACUCUUGUAAAGCCAAUUAUUUUAAGACAGAUCUAUGCAUCUUCACAAUCCCCUACUUAAAUAGGUAUUUACACACCACAUCCACCCCUCCUUUUACUUAUUUAGUACUUACCUAAUUUCUGCAUGGAACACUGAAGACUUCCAUGCUUAUGUUAAAUGCUAAAAGUUAAGCUGCAGUAUAUUAGUAAAUAAUUACUUUAUUUCUGCAGUAUGGUUUGCUUUUUUAAAGUCAGACAGUAGACAGGAUAAAUGUGCAUUUGUGAUUGUGUAUUCAUUCCAUUAUCUAAACUGACCAAACUCCUAGAAUAGUUGUUUUACUAAAAAGGGAGCUUGUACAAAGUCCUUGAGCCCACAGAAGUCCCAUGUUUUGAUGGUGCAUUUAUUUUUAUUGUAUGUGCCAUAAUAUAUCCAUGUAGAAAUGCUUUCUUCCUUGAACUGUAUUUAUUGCCACAUUUCUCAUCAUAAACUGAUCCCAUUGUAUUUUUAUAAAUAUUUUUUUUCUUGAAGGU